AUGAAUCCAAAACACAAACCCCAGAAACCAGAGGUUGCUGAAUCAGGUGCAGGUUCUUUAACCUCAACCAUUUUGCACCAGAACAGUGAAGGUGGAACACUCACCAGUCCACCAGCAAGUCAGGAGACGGUGGCCCACGUGCCCCGGUUCCUACUUGUUAAGAAGAAAAAUAACGAGAAUGGUGAGAAUUUUGAAAAAAUUAGCCCAUUCGUUAUUUCCAAAACUGUAUACGGACUUAUUGGCGAAGUUAACUCUGUUAGAAAGGUUAAUGAUGGAUUACUAGUUCAUACCAGAACAAGCGCUCAAGCAAAACGAUUGUUGACUAUUAAAAGAUUUAAUGAUGUAGAUGUAGAUGUAACUCCUCAUGCUACACUUAAUAUAUCUAAAGGUGUUAUUUUUUGUCGAGAUCUUUUAAACUGUUCCACAGAAGAAAUAGCUGAAAACCUAAAAGACGAAGGGGUAAUUGAAGUAAGACGAUUAAAGAGCAAAACAGAAAAUGGAUUAAUAGAUACCGCUAAUCAUGUUUUAACAUUUAACAACCCUAAACUACCAUCAGAAAUAAAAGUAGCCUAUUAUAAUCUAAAGGUCCGACCUUAUAAACCUCCUCCUACACGAUGCUUUAAUUGUCAAAAAUUUGGUCACGUAUCUAAUAAAUGCUCCAGCAAUAAAAUAUGUUCUUGCGGACGAACUCCUCAUGAACCCACAGAUUGUGAAAUCCCAAUGAAAUGUAUUAACUGUGGAGGCCCGCAUGCAGCUAAUAAUAAAGAUUGUCCUAAAUAUAAAACAGAAGCAGCAAUAAUAAAAAUAAAAAUAACCGAAAAAAUCCCAUACUUUGAAGCAAAGAAAAAAGUUAUGUUAAGCACUCCAACGAGAAACGUUUCUUAUGCAUCGACAGCGAAAGCUACCCAACCUACUCAGUCAACUGACAUAAUUACUCAAAUAUACCCAAAACUGGAAGAAUUAAUAAUGAAAUCCCUAAACUCAGAAUUACAAAAAAUUUUUUCUAUACCUAAUUUCCCUUUUCCUACCCCCACAUCAGAAUUAACUAGUGAAAUCAUAUCCACGCCACUUCAAGCUGCAAAAAAGCAACUAAGUUUGGAGAAAGUCUUCAACAAGGAGAAGAAAUGGGAUAAGGCAUAUCCAAAAUCACAAAACAUUGAUAAGUUAAUAGGUAAAAUAAUAGCAUUGCAGGAUUUACCAUUUAAUUUUGUCGAGGGUAUCGGCUUUAGAAGACUAAUGUUCAAGGUAGCGCCGAAGUACAAUUUAAGAGGUCGUAAUUUUUUUACUGAUUACGUUUGCGAAGAUUUAUAUAACAAAGUGGCUGCGAAAGUCAAAUAUUUGAUCAAAGAACUAGAUUUUAUGUCGUUUACUACAGAUAUUUGGACUGACCCAAGUUCUGGGACAUCGCUGCUUAGCCUAACAUGUCAUGGAGUCACUACAGAAUUUGAACGAAUAUCAAUAAUAUUAAAAUGUGAGACUUUUGAUAAUCGCCAUACCGGAGACGUAAUUGCCAACAAAUUUGAAUCCAUGCUUGCUGAGUGGAACAUUUCUAAAAAUCAAGUACACUGUAUGAUCCGUGACGGAGGUUCUAACAUGAAAAGAGCCAUGGCCCUAUCUGGUAUUAAUGACGUUGAUUGCACAGUGCACAAACUCCAGCUUGCAAUCAAAGCCGGAUUUCAAAACGACGAACACUUACAAAAUAUUAAGGAAAAAUGUAAGAAAAUAGCCACACAUUUUGGUCAUUCCACUAUAGCUCAAAAGGCUUUCAUUGAUAUACAAGAACGGCUAAACCAGAAAAAGUUAUCCAUAUUCCAAGAUGUACCAACAAGAUGGAAUAGUACGUUUUAUAUGUUUGAGAGGUUUCUUAUAGUGAAGGAUGCCUUAAGUAUUUAUAUUAAUGAUCAUCAAAUACCCACUAUUUUACCUGAAGAGUGGAAGCAAAUGGAAUGUUGCGUAAAUGUAUUAGGAUCAUUUGAGCAGGCAACACGAGAAUUAAGUAGCUCGCACGUUUUGAUAUCAUCUGUGAAACCAAUAAUUUACAUGUUAUUUAAAAAAAUGGACGAAGAGCUAAAUAAUGACCAGAAUCCGGAAAACAUUAAGAAAUUUGUAACCAAAAUUAAAACUGAAAUCAGUUCCAAAUUUCAAAACUUGGACAGUCAUUUCUUAUAUACUUUAGCGACUUACUUGGAUCCUAGAUACAAAGCCAAAUUCUUUGAACCCAUUAUUAAAGAUCAAAUUGAAAGUGAAUUAUUGAAAAUAGCUACAAGUGACGCAAAUAUCAAUGAGAGUCCAUCAAAAAAAAUUAAAAAAAUAUCUAUUGAUAGCCCUUGCUGCAGUAAGUCAUUACAAAGUGAACUAGAAAUGAUGCUUGACUCCUCCAGCGAUGAUGAAACUAGUGCUUGUGCUACAUCAACUUCAGAUUCACUUGUUACUAGACAAAUUAAAAACUACUCUCAAGAAAAAAAGUUGCCGAUAACUGAAAAUCCAUUUAACUGGUGGAAUAUAAACGGUCACAAAUACACGACAAUUUCAGCAACUGCGCGAACAUAUCUAUCGGCGCCACCAGGUAGUGUACGAAGCGAGCAACUAUUUAGUGGAGCAGGGCUAAUUUAUGAGCCACUACGUAAUCGACUUGAAGCUGACAAAGCAGCUAAAUUAUUAUUUUUAAAGUAUAACUUACCUUUUUUAAAAUUUAGUUAUUAG